AAGUUUUCUGAUGUCUUUAUGAAAUUUUUUGAAGUGUUAAAGUUCAAGUUGGAAAGGCAGUCUAUGGAGGGACAGAAUGCUGUCAGAUUUCAUCAAAAAGAUCUUCAUUUGUGUUCUAAAAUUGAACGAAAGUCUUACGGGUUUGGGUUUUACAUUUAUUAUCACAAAAGUAAAUGUUUGGUUAGUUUAAUGUAAGGUUUAUAUACAUCAAUCAGCGGAAGCAUAUUUGCUUUUAAUAUUUCAACUGAAAAAGAACUACUUUGCAUUAACUAUGUAUGGAAAAAUUGCAGCCUAUUUGAAAAUAAUCAUAAAACACUGGCCCACUAGCCCAACCCCCUUCCUCAGUGUCACUGAACACCUGUAUGAGGUGGGAAGGGGCGGAGCCACCUAUAAUUCUAAGGCAGCUUUAACUCUCAGGUUUUCAGCUAAAUGGGCCAUUGAUUUCCCUGAAUCCAGAUGCACACACGCCAAGACAUGGAGGUGAAACUCUUCAACAGAUAUGGCUGGAAGAGAUGCAGUUUGGCUCAGGAUAGAGCUUCGCACGGGUGUCACAUUAAAAAAGGGUUCAUUUUGCUGCUCACAUUGACAUUCUUAUUGUCUGCCAUUAAUUACUUCUCUGAUUUUUCUCUCAAGUCCACUGUGCCUCCUCACACCUUGUAUAAGAAUGUGGUAAAUCAGAUACGCUCCUAUUACAUGGUUAUUGAUUUUCCUUCUGGCCGUGAUAACCAAACAAUAUUUUUAGCACCUCCAUCUGCACCCAAAGCUAAUCAACAAGUCCAACAAACAACUACACAAAUGCCUACACAAACCACAGACAUUUCAGUACAUUAUCACAUAGCUCAUCCAAGCAACUAUCAUUUCAUUCUGGAUGAACCUGAUAAGUGUAAGCAGAAUCCGUUCCUGGUCUUGAUGGUCCCUGUGGCACCCAAUCAGGUAGCAGCUCGUAACGCCAUCCGGAGCACGUGGGGGAAUGAGAGCACAGUCCAGGGAAAAGCAGUGAUUACUCUGUUCCUGGUGGCUUUGACUGGAGGAUCCGACUCUGAAAAAACUCAACAGCAGCUGGAGGAAGAGAGCCGACAACACAGAGACUUACUGCAGAGCAACUUUGUGGACUCGUACUUCAACCUGACUAUAAAGACGAUGGUGAUCAUGGACUGGCUGGCCACUCGUUGCCCUCAAGCAAAUUUCAGUAUGAAGGUUGAUUCUGACAUGUACUUAAACCUGGAAAACCUGAUGACCCUUCUAUUGGCACCCGACACACCCAGACAGAACUACAUCACUGGAGUGGUGAUGCGGAACCGGUCUGUUGUCAGAAACAAAAACUCAAAAUGGUACGUGUCAGAGGAGCUGUACCCCGAACCGAAAUACCCCACGUACCUGCUGGGAAUGGGAUAUGUUUUCUCCAAUGACCUGCCAGAAAAAAUAGUUGAGGCUUCCAAGGUCAUAAAGGCCUUCAAUAUAGAAGACGCAUAUGUUGGUGCUUGUCUGAAACAGUUGGGCAUUGCACCCUCAUCCCCCCCAAACCCUUCACAGUUUAAAAUCUACAUGGGACAAUAUAAACGAGAGAAUUUUUUUGGGGUCAUUACAACAAUAUUGGGAUCCCCACAGCAGCUAAUAGACAUCUGGAAGGACGUAAAGAGGCCCACAUAAAAGGAAUCAAAUCUGAGUGUUUAUUGGUUGCCUGAAUUUUAAAGGACUAUUUGCAUGAAGUAAAUAGUUAUUUAUAAAUGUAUAUUUUAACUUAUUUUUUCCUUUUAGAUUGUUAUAUAUAUAUAUAUAUAUAGACAUGCAUCAUACAUACAUACAUAUAUAUAUAUAUGAUGUAUGAUGUAUGUCUAUGUGUGUGUGUGCAUGUGUAUCACACACACAUAAAAUAAUUUAAAUUAUUAUUUCAAGAGACACACAUUCUAGAAUAUUCCAUAUGUUGCAUAUAAAAUGGCAUCCAGGUACAAAAUUGUGUUUACAGUAGUGUACUUCCUUAUAACAGAGGCUGUCAUUCUGAUUUUACAUUUCAAUUCAUUGAAGUAUAAAAUAAUUUUGUAAAAAUGUUGUCAAUUUUUUGUGGUAUCUGUGAAUGUUUCUUAUGUUUCAUACAAGACU